ACGUUUCGAAAUCAUAUUAAGAAUCGUCUAUUCUUUUUUCGUUUUCAAAUACCAUUGAUUCUCGUCGCCGUGGAAAAAAGAUCCAUCAUCAGUAAUUGCACCCACAAGAGGAUAACAAUCGAGUUUGAGAUAACAGGAUAGGGUUUGCAACAAAGUUAUGAUAAUCAAAGCGGGUAAAGUCACAAUUACAUUAAAAUAUGUUCAUACACAUUCUUGUUACGUAACCAUAAAAAGGCGAAACAGAGUUAACGGUUUGAAAAUGCAACAAACUAACAACGUCAGUGGGUCAUAUGAAUGGGUCACGUUGCUUGUCUAAUCACAUUUCCUUGUUGUCCAACAUCAUCACGAUCAAGCUCCUCCAAACGUUGUCGUUUUAUGCGAUGCAGAAUGAAAGGAGGGUUUGGGAUAGGGCAGAAGUGGAUCAAAUGGCGACUUUCUGGAUAUAUAUUUGGUUGGCAAAGUCCUCAAGGAGACGCAAACUUUCAAUUUCAUUGACACAUUUGGUUUGCCUUUCUUUAUUUCCCCACAUAAUUCGUUGAUGUCAAUGUCUAGCUAAUUGAGGUUGAAGAUGACUCGUCAUGGAGUUCUGAAACUAAUGAUCGAGGUUAAUCUAACUAUUGAGAUGUUUUGAAUAUGUGUCUGAGUGUCUGGUUUUUGAUGAUUGAUUAGUAGUACGAGGGUUUCGUGUAAGAUUAAUGAUAAACUAGAGUAAAAUAUAAGACACAAGAAUUACAUGCUUUCCUGACUUUUCAUUAGUGACAACUGAUUCCAGUGUUUAUGUAUAAUCAUAAUUCUUCUGUAUAGCUAGGGUUAUACAUAGGCAUGGAAAAAAGAGCCCAAACCCCUUACACGGAUACAACUUCAUAUCUCUUUCAUGUUUUUUUCUUCUCGCUUUGAGUUCGAGUUUUUUCGAUUUAGGUUAAGAGAAUGGCUCUAUAUAAAAUUGUCUUCAAAGUUUUAAGUCCUCUAUAUUUCAUAAUGUUUAGUGGUGGUUAAACACUUAAACUUUACAUAAGAAAAGGGAAUUAGUUUCGUGGUUAAAGUGUCAUCAUCGAUUCAUCAUCGUUAAUUGCCUUCUGGUGACCGAUAAUUGUUAGGGGAUGUGUCGAGGCAUUUUGCUAAAUACAAAUGAAACGUUAAUUUGAUAGAAUAGUGCUACGUACCUUAGCUUUCUUGUGUCCAUAUAUAUCCAUAACUUAAUGUGAUGAUUAAGCCCUAAUUGUUCGUUCAAUGAGACAAAUGAAAAGUCGGUUUCCAAACCUUCUUGGUUGACACGGAACAGCCAAUACAAUAACCCUAAGGCUAAUCCAAUUAUAUAGCUAGGUGCCAAAAGAUAUAUGAAAAAAACCCAAGCAAUAAUUCUGGAUAUUGGGCAAUGCACGAAAAUGAUAUUUUGCUCUUCUAGACCAAGACACGAAUGAACUUAACCAGAAAGUGAUCACUUCGAUUUGUCUUCCGACCAUAAGUAACUUUGAUAAAUCAAUUCCUAUGCAAUUUAGUGAAGGUCAAUUGGAAAAAUCUCCAUUGGACAAUGCAUGUACGUUGCUUCCUAGUUCGAACAAACAAAAGGAAGCUAGAGAGGCCUUAAGCCUGGGGACUAUGUGUACAGGAUCUGUUAUAUACGAAUAACGGAGAUCGACUCGUUAUAUUAUGGAUACGCAAAAAAGCAUUAAUGAUUCUUUCUCUGCAACUUAAUCUAGAAAUAGAAGAUAAUUAUAUCAGUUUAAAAGUAGAGGGAGAAAUUGUCUCCGUUUUCAGAACCGGACCGGAGGCUGAAGAGGAAAAGUUAGUGGUUUAAGGGUUCGCCGGUUAACCGUUACAAAACCGUUGGUGAACCGUUGAUAGAACCGUUAAUGAUAUACAACAUAUAAGACUUGUAUAUUACACUAAUUUAAGAAUGAAAUUAUCACUGACCAUAAACAAGUUCAAAUUCAUAUCAUCACGAAAAUAUCUAAUAAAUCAUUCCAACCAUCUCACAAAAGAAACCACAUUUUUUUAAUUCAAAUUAAAUAUUACGGUUCUAGUUGGUAGUAGACAAUGUAAAAUCGACAAUAAGGUUGAGGAAGCAUAUAUAAAAUUAAUAAUUAUGAUUUGAUGGUCUUAGUUUAUGUUAAAAUAUUUUUUUUUGUUAAAAUAGUGAACCAAUGGAUCAGCUAAACCGUGUCGGUCCAUCUGAUUUUAUGUUGAAUCGUGAAAACCCGUUUGGUCCAUCAAUAACCGUUCAAACAAUGAACCAAACCGCUAUCGUAAUUGGGUUGACGGUUCUACUGACCCGACCGUUGAUCCGGUUCGGUUCUUAUAACAAGGGAAAUUGUAAUGUUUCUUGCUCGGUAUAUAAGAGGUGAUUUACUAUGUGCAAUAUUUUUGUUUGUACCAUGCUCCGUCUACCUUGUCAGAGUAGGGUGGUGCUAAGGGCAGUAAGUCUGGCCCUAGGUACCUACUCAUUCGGCCUGAUCCGACUUUGCUCGUCAGAUUGAGGUCAGUUUAGGGUUGAGUCAUAUUUUGGCACUGUAAGGAUCGAUUUACUUUUUGGUCCUAUGACACAUAACAAUAACUAGUGAUUUGAAAAUUUUCAUAUCAACAUAUUGAUUAUGUAUGUGCAGUUCUAAAACCUCAGGUACUAUAGUGCAAUGCAAAAAUGUAAAAGUACUAAAUCAUAAUUCAUCACCAAAAUUUAUGGACCUAUUUAAAAAAAAUUAAAGUUUAGGUACCAAAUUGCCAGAAAAAAUAAAUUUGUGUAACAAAAUAUAACUUCCAAAAAAUAAGUUUGCUAAUUGAUUUGAUCCAACCCGCUGGAUGCGUCUCACCCGAGAGGGUCAGACUGGGUCAAGGAUGAAAUAAGAGAAGGGCAGGCAUCCCAGUUUUAUAAAACUGACCCUAUAUGAGCCGGAUCAGACAUAGUAUUAGGACGAAUCUAACCAAUUUCAGCCCCUAGUUGGUGCUAUUCGACAAUUCGAUUAUUUUGAUGUUCAUUCCACGUGAAUCAAAUUAGAUUUAAACUAAUAACUGCACUACAAAGUUCUUAUAACAUAGCUUAGCUUCAUCGAAUAAUUCAGGGUGAAAUGAAAUUAGGCUGUUUGGUGGGCUAACAUAGCUAGUUGGCCAGUUGUAACAAUUGAUGGGUUGGUUGUUUUGGAGGUGUCACGUGGUGGAAUGAUGAUCAUGAGAAAACCUAGCCUUAGGCGCUAGCGUAAAGCACACUACAAAGAGUUUCAGUUGCAAAGCUACAAACGGCCCAGUUGGGGAAAGCAGUUGGGACGAGGAAGGAAAAGAUGUGUUUGUUACAAAUUAAGGUACCAAAUUUCAAUUCCCCACAUCAUGAUGAUGAUAAUGUCAACAAUGUCUUUUAAUGUUUCUGUUAAUAAUAUCAGCAAUAUUUCAACGAUCAUCCAUUGGAGAGCACAGUUUGGUCAUUUGGGCAAAGCAGGCUUUGGACCAAGCAAGAAAUCUGUUUUCUUCAACCGUAUGGCAAGAGAACUCGAACUAGUUUUGUACAAAGGUGUGAUGAAACAAAUUCAAUAAGAUAUUAAGAGGUUUAUUACACCGCACAAUUGUCGACUCGAAUAGGAAUAAGAGAUGUAGCAGGCUAGCUGUUUCAUAAAAAUGUAAAAAUGAGGUUUUAUAGUCGUAUUAGAUAUUAUGGACAUGGAGUAUUAGAAACUCAAAGUACAACUUGCGCGCUCCUCUGAUCCCUUUGAUAACAAUCUUGUCGGCUUGGUUUGCUCCACAUGCAUUUUACAGUUUUCUUCCAAUAUACUUGUUUAUCUAAGUGUAUGAGAAUGAGAAUGUGAAAAGACCUUAAUUUUUUUUAUUUUUUAUUUUUGCAAUGGGCAGGAAAUUGUUGCAACAAUUGAUUAAUUUCCAUGGUACUAUGAUGGUUUUAUCUAAUAAGAUCAAAUGGUGUAUGGCAUGAAAAGUAAUAAUUAUCUAUCUGAAGAACAAAGAAGAUCUUAUGUGCAACUAGCUCAUGGAACUUUUUAUUUAAUUGAGAUUCCUUUUGGUUAUGGUGUAACAUCAGAAGUUUGGUAACAAAGUCCCUCCAAAUUAAUUGGGCUUCAUUGAUUGAUUUCUUGAAGCAAUAAUUAAAUCCCCCCCUUAUGGUAGUUAGAUGAUGCUAAAAACAAGAGCAUCAUUAGACUACGGGGAAAUUUUUUCCCCUUUGGAUGUGGUGGAUUAUACUAGUCAUACAUAUAAUUAUAAUCCACACUCCAAGUAAUUAAAAAAAUGGAUUAAGAAUGAACAUAUCUUAUGCUUUAAGAGAAUCGUUUUAUGGCUUAAUGAUUGCAUGCAGACACGGUUUGGAAUUUGGAUUACCUCCCCCAACCAUACUCUAGGUAGUCCAAUGAUUCAUUAAUGAAUGAUCCAGUCUCCAAAAGUAUUGUGUGCUAAGUAAAACAUAUUAAUGUUAGUUUAAUUUUUGUUUUUGUUUUUUUUUUUUUGCAUGACAAGGGAAAUUCGUUAAAGAUAGCAAAUUUCAGCCCUUUUGAAUACUCGAACAAACUCAUUCAUAAGAGCAAUUUAGUCGUGCCCACAAUUCUGUCGGUGACCACCAAAGGAUAACACAAAAAUAGCAGCCUUAGACGCUUGAAUCCAGGACCUCUUGAACCCAAAUCGGCAACUCUUCCAUCUCCACCACCCCCUUGCCCACUUGGUGGUUUCUAGUUUCAUUAACCUGGAUGAGAACGAGCACAAUCGACUAGAGUUUUUUCUUUUUUUCCUGAUUCGAUAAGUAAUUAAUGAAUAUGACCUGAAAUUCGAUAAGUCAGUUAGUGAAUAACUUAUUAUUGGUUAGUUUUGAUACAUUUGUAAAUGUGUGUUAAGUUUAUGGAUUCAAGAACAAUGCAUGUACUGAUCAGUCACAAGAUCAACGACCAAGAAAAACAGAGCAACAGACUGAAGCAUGACAGUAAAAAAAACAAUAGGACAAUUUUAUUUUCACAGACCAGUGAUAGUCACGAGAUCACCCACAUCGUUCCUUUUUACUGUUUUCAUUUGACAUCACGAGUGUAGAGAGCAGAGAAGUGAUUAAAUCAUUAAAGUAUUUCACUGCCAACAGAGCCCUAACGAUUCAUUGGAAAAUUAAACACACUAAUGGCCAAACGCCUCCAUGCAACAUAUGAUCAGUCAGGACUCAGGAGCAGCAGACCAUUUAUACAUAGCCAAAUGUAAUGCUUCAUUGCUUUGGAUUCAGAUUAUAUAUGUUGCUGAUCAGUCAGAAAUUUUGACCCGACUUCCCACUUUCCAUCCCCAGUUUGUUAUUGUUGGUUUAGCAGCAACCAAAGUUAAAAGAACUAUUACGCUUUGUUAUCGUUCCAAUUUUAUCGAAUAUCUUUGAAGAUACGAUACAGUGGUAAAGAACUCUUCUAUGUUACUAAAUAUUUUGUUUAUACUUCGUUGGCAUCCACUCGUUUUGUGCUUGCGGGCGUAGAGUGAGUUUCACGAAUUUGGUGUCUCUAGAGACACUGUAAUGAUGAAGUUAUGAGGGUUUAAUGGUUGAGGUGAGUAACUGAGUAUAGGUAUAGACUGACUUGAUAGAAGUACUGAGUACCUCUAUUAGGCUUUCUUUAAUAGUACAUUGUUGUUAAUAAUGCAGUAAGUUAUUGGUUAGACAUAGUGGUUUUCAUUGACCUUAUCUCCAAAGAAUUUCUAACGAAGUAGAAAAUGCAACAUACAAUAAUUUUACAUGGUAUCCCCAAUUGAUCAUAACUAAUUCAAGGGAGAGGUUGUAGCCUCUCGUCUUAUUCUCUUAUUGAUUGUAUGUUUGGUUAACCGUGGCUGAACUAGCCUUUCAAGGGAUAUCUAUACCCUUCAACGAGACUACCGUGGCAUUACAAGAAACACGAGGGUUCCGUAUGGACUCGAACAAAGGAAACUCCUUAGCCGCAUAUAGCCAACCACGUGAGCAGAAGCAACAUACUGGACUCGACUUCAACCAGAUUGGUCACGGAGUCGAACAGCUCGAUCAAAUGCAAAAAACGAGCAUGGCCAGUACACAGUGGUACUCUCCGUGAUCAGCACAUAAAAAUACGAUGUUUGAUCUUCAACGUUCGAGAUAUGAAAUUACACACGUUUUCGACCAUUAUCGAUAAACCAAAAGAUCAGGAAUGUGAAAACGGAAUGAUUCGUCCGUCCCACAAGCAUAUGAGAAAUGUACAAUUUUUAGAAGUUAAAAAGCAAAAACGAAGUCAUAUUGGAUGAAUUCAUGACAAUCCGCCCCCAACCCGUCCACCGCCAUCUUGCUACCAUACAAUGAGAGACAUUUAAAGAUGGGGAGAAAAAAAAAGUAAUUACCAUGUGGUUUUAAUUAUUUUUUCAUUUAUUUAUGGUAUGGCAGGUCACAUAUAUAUAAUUAUAGCUAUGCAUAGAUGUGGCUUUUGGUAGGCAUACUUGAAAUGAACAAAAUGUACAAAAACUGAAGAGUGUCUGAGUGGGGAUAACGUGAGUGAUGGGAGGGAAGGAGGGAGAGAUAUCAAUCAAACCAAGCCAGCUGAGAAAGAAAAUAAAAGAAAAAGAAUACCCAGAUUCUGUGGUCCGUGACUCCAUCACUCACUCUCUUCUCUACACUGGAUUUUAAUUUCUUCGUAACCCGGCCAAAUGGGCUGGCCGGUUUAUUAUAAUUAAACCCAUAAUUAACAUACAUAUUCUAAUAAUCAUCACUUUUCCAUCAUUCAUUUGUCUACACAAUCGUGAUUGGGUAUGGGACAGUAUUGCCAAUUUUUUUUUUCUCUUUUUGGGUUUAGAUUAUCAACAUGGAGCUUAGAAAACCAAACUCUGGUGAGCAAGAUUCCAUGAACCACCACAAAACUAAAUUUCUCAAACGGUAGAGAUCACGAAAUAAGAAUGAACAUCAUAGAAAAGAAAAAUGAUCAAACUGAUAUUGAGAGGUGGUUAAUGAACAAACUCUAGUUGAAGAACAUGAUCAAACUGAUACUGAGACCACGAAAUAAGAAUGAACAUUAUAAGAAAAAGCGGUUAAUUAACUAUCAAACUCUAGUUGAAGAAUAUGAUCAAACUGAUAUUAAGACUAUUCGAAAAAAUUAGGAGGAGGAUAUAUAUACACGUAUAUCCCAACUCACAGUCCAACAAAAAAAAAUCAUAUUCGAGUGGAUCAAUCUUAUUUCGUCCACAUAAGUUAUAAUUUUCUGUCUUCCCGACGAUCUAAUAAACCGUAAAUUGAAUUCACACUAAACAAGUUUAUGCCGGCGUAUCAAAUGUAAAAAAGCCUCUUUGAUUAUUAUUGUUGCCACAUCCUCCAUCAAACAUUUAUUUCAUCCCCUCCAGAUCUUACCUUGAUGAAACAGAUACCAACAGUUAUGUCAUCCACUCAUCAAUAGCUACGAUUAGAAAGUGCCAUCUGCGUGCUCUACUAACCAAUCUCCACAAAAACACACUCUCUCUCUCUCUCUCACUCACUUGUCCAUUUUAGUGAGAGAAACCUUCAUGGCUAACAAUACUGACGUGGAAACCCCAUCAUCAAAUCCUCCCCAAAAAAAGAAAAAACACAUAAUAAUAAUAAUAAUAAAUAAAUAAAUUCAUUCCUCAGGAAAUUCUCUCUUUUACUGGCUGGCUCACUCUCUCUCCCUAUAUAAACCCACCCAGCCAAAACCCAACCCAUUCACCACCCUUUUUCUUCCCCUUUUCCUCCAAAACGACACCCCACAACAUGGCUCGCAGGAGCGAAACGACACUACCCGCAUCCCUCCUCCUCCUCUCCCUCCUCCUCCUCCUCUCCUCGGUGUCGGGUCGGGCCCCGUUCGCCUGCGACCCGAAGAACCCGGCGACGAGGGGCUACAAGUUCUGCCGGGUCCGGGUCCCGCUCCACGUCCGGGUCAGGGACCUCAUCGGCCGGCUCACCCUGCAGGAAAAAAUCCGGCUGCUGGUCAACAAUGCCGCCGCGGUCCCGAGGCUCGGCAUCCAAGGAUACGAGUGGUGGUCGGAGGCCCUCCACGGCGUCUCCAACGUCGGCCCGGGGACCAAGUUCGGCGACGGCUUCCUCGGCGCCACCAUGUUCCCACAGGUCAUCACCACCGCCGCUUCCUUCAACCAGUCCCUCUGGCAGCAAAUCGGCCAGGUGGUGUCGGAUGAGGCGAGAGCAAUGUACAACGGCGGGUCGGCGGGGUUGACGUUCUGGAGCCCGAACGUGAACAUAUUUCGUGACCCGAGAUGGGGCAGAGGCCAGGAAACCCCCGGCGAGGACCCGUUUCUCGCAGGGAAGUACGCUGCCAGCUACGUUAAGGGCCUCCAGGGCACGUCGGGGAACAGGCUGAAGGUCGCCGCGUGUUGCAAGCACUACACGGCGUACGAUCUCGACAAUUGGAACGGUGUGGACCGGUACCAUUUCAAUGCAAAGGUGAGCAAGCAAGAUUUGAAAGACACAUACGACGUGCCGUUUAAGUCGUGUGUGGUGGAAGGAAAUGUCGCUAGCGUGAUGUGUUCGUACAAUCAAGUGAAUGGCAAGCCCACUUGUGCCGAUCCUGACCUUCUCAAGGGUACCAUUCGAGGCCAGUGGCGUCUCAACGGGUACAUAGUGUCGGAUUGUGACUCGGUCGGAGUUCUCUACGACAACCAACACUACACCAAAACACCCGAAGAAGCCGCUGCAGCCACCAUAAAAGCAGGCCUGGACUUGGACUGCGGCCCGUUUCUCGCUGUCCACACGGAGAGCGCCGUCAAGGGCGGGCUUCUUGUUGAGGAAGACGUCAACAUGGCGCUGGCCAACACUUUGACGGUCCAGAUGAGAUUGGGCAUGUUCGACGGGGAGCCCUCGGCCCAGCCUUUUGGUAACUUGGGCCCAAGAGAUGUUUGCAGUGCGUCCAACAACCAGCUCGCACUCGACGCAGCCCGACAAGGCAUGGUCUUGCUUCAGAACCGCCUCGGGGCCCUCCCACUCUCCGUGGCCCGUCACCGCACUAUCGCCGUCAUCGGACCAAACUCCGACGUCACCGUCACCAUGAUCGGAAACUAUGCCGGCGUCGCUUGCGGUUACACGACUCCACUCCAGGGAAUCGCCCGUUACUCCAGGACCCUUCACGAAAACGCCUGCGCCGACGUGUCCUGCGGCAGCGCCCAGCGAUUCGGCGCGGCGGAGGCCAUCGCCCGCCAGGCGGACGCGACGGUUCUGGUAAUGGGCCUGGACCAGUCCAUCGAGGCCGAAUUCAGGGACAGGGCCGGGCUGCUACUGCCAGGUCAUCAACAGGAGCUCAUCUCCAGAGUGGCCCGAGUAUCCAAAGGCCCAACCAUACUGGUCCUCAUGAGCGGAAGCCCAAUCGACGUCACCUUCGCCAAGAACGACCCGCGCAUCAGCGCAAUCGUAUGGGCCGGGUACCCGGGCCAGAACGGCGGGACCGCCAUCGCUGACGUCAUCUUCGGGCAGACCAAUCCACAUGGGAAGCUGCCGAUGACGUGGUACCCACAAGACUACCUCGCCAAGGUGCCAAUGACGGACAUGGGCAUGAGACCCGACCCGGCGAGAGGCUACCCGGGUCGGACCUACCGGUUCUACAAGGGACCCGUGGUGUUCCCGUUCGGGUUCGGGCUGUCCUACACCAAAUUCGCCACGUCACUGUCCGAGCUGGCACCGAGAAAAGUCAACGUGCCCUUUUCCACCCUCACUACUCUGCAACAAAACACCACUUCCUCUUCUUCUUCUUCUCCUCCUCCUUUGUUGGGUUCUUCUCAGGCGAUUCGGACGAUCCACUCCGACUGCGAGAGCGACGCGAUGUCGUUGGACCUCGACGUCGACGUGCACAACGCGGGCGGCGUGGACGGGACCCACACGAUGCUGGUGUUCUCGAGCCCGCCGAAACAGGGUGGGGAGUGGUCGAUGGAGAAGCAGCUGAUCGGGUUCGAGAAGGUGGAUCUGGCGGCCGGGUCGAGGAAGCGGGUUCGGGUCAACGUUCGGGUUUGUAAGCAUUUGAGCGUGGUGGAUCGGAAUGGGAUCCGAAGGAUCCCGUUUGGGCAGCAUCAUGUUCAUAUUGGAGAGCUCAAGCAUCCAAUUUCAGUCCAGUUGAGCAAACUUGGAGUGAAUUAAAAUUGAUGAAGGUUAAGUUCAAGAUUUGAUUUUUAUUCCUUGGCAAAUGUAAGAUAUAGAAGGAAGAAGGGAUUGGAGACAGAAACAAGGUAAACAAGAUUAUUAGAAUACAAGUAAAAGGAAUUGGUGAAAGAAAAUGGGGAGACAGAAUAAGAGAGUCUAGGUAAGCUGCCAGCUUUGUUUAUUAAAGGAUUCCUCUGCUGGUUGCAGUUUCUUGUUACAUAGGAAUGCAACUGUGGAUAGAAUUGAAGCUUGUUUUGUUAUUUGGUUUUUUACUUUUUACUUUUUUACCCUGAAGUAUUGUUGCCUCAAGAAAUCCGAGGCUCUAUUAAUGGACUGUGUAUUAGUUUGAAGUGUCUGGUUUUAAUUUUUUACUGCAGCUUUUUUCACUUCAGAUUCCUAGCCAGUUGCAGAGAGCAACCCCAACAUGCUGCGACAUAACAAAUUAUGCGCAUGUUGAACAUUGUUGCCCUAGUUGUCGUUUGGUUUUACAUGAGAUUCCUCUUUUGUUCUUUCCCCCAAUAAAGAUCUUACUAUUCCACCAACUUGUUUUAAGGAUCUUUGUGUAAGGUGCGAAAUUGACCACAGGGCAUAUACCUAAGGAAUGAUUAAAUUCAUGCUCGAAAUUCUUUCAAAAAUUGGAGUUAUUGAUUAUUGAGAUUGACGCGGAUACAUCACAUGUCUUUGUACUUUUAUCGAAACAUGAUGGAUCAAUUAAGAGACUAUAUGUUAGAACUAUUUUCUUAUUGGUUAGUGUUAAAUAACUAAUUAAUAAUUUUCAUUAAAGUGCAAGAGUCUUGUAAAACUGUUAUUUCAUUCCUCAUUGAAUACAAACUGUAUUGUUUUUUUCUCCCAGCACCUAGGCACGCUUAGGAGACGUGUAAACACGUUUAGAUGACACCUAUAUAUGCCUAAGCGUAGUGAUGGCUAGGUGAACCAGACGCUAGACAACACCCCCCCAAUGUGCGCCUUACGCGUAAUCCGCCUUCUUGAACUUUAAUCAUAACAAGUUUAUCACAAUCGAUUUAGUUAUGAAAAGAAGUAUAAUACGAUACACCGGUUGAGGUCCUACUUCACUGGUCAAUUUUCAUCGAAUGAAGGAGACAUGCUAGAGUCUUCUUGGCCUUUUAAAGCUUAUAUUAAACUCACACAUCAACUAUGAAAUGCCAUCUGAUUUCUAACAACAUUCUCAUGUGUUCAAUUCUUGACAAAUUCAAGAUACAAAUCUGAAGUGGCGAUGAUGGAAAUAAGAUUUUGGAGAUCUCUCAUACAUGAAGUCGUUUUUGGUACAUGCGGUUUGUGGUAACAUUGAAAGUGACUUCUUACAUUUGGAAGGGAAUAAAUCCUUUGGGUUCAUUGGCUUCCCAAGUCACUUCAGAUUCUCCCCCUAUAGCCACUGAUUUUCUUUCGUCUGGUUCUUCUUUUAUAGGACCUAUUUGUUUACUUUUUCCCAUUAAAAAAAAAAACUACAAUCUGAAGAUAUUUGCUUGUCUGGAUUCUCUUCAUUUUGCAGAAUCAUCAAGGUUUCACCAAGCAACCCUGGAUAUUGAAGAAGAGAGUAGUAUUGUCGUAUUGAGGAUGAGGGCGAGAAGUAUUAGAGUAUUGAGUGGUAAGACUACAUUUAUGUUAUAUUGUGAGUAUUAUUUUGUAAUUGACAUAGUAAUAUUCCUUUAUGAGAGUUGUACAAGUUAGGAAUUUUGUGUAUUAAGUAUUAGUAUUAGUGUUAUUACAAGAGCCAAUUAUUGUAAUCUCUACACAAAUUCUAUGGGGUUUCAAUACAAGAUACAACGGUUU